AUGAAACGUGAAGAAGCCAGUGAAGAUAUCGAAGGGGCUCUGUUGGUUCUUAAGGGAUACAAUGGCUUUUCCAAGAUGCAGAAAAUUGUGCAUUGCUGUUUCUGUGGUCUUUUGACCUUGGCUGUUCUGGCUCUGCUUAUAACCUAUGACGGCAGCGCUGAAGGCCAUCUAGAUACUUCAAUUUGGAGUUUAUUGUUUGGUGGAUGCUAUUCUUUGUUUGCAUGGAGAAUGGGAGCUUUGGCUGGACUUAAAGUUUCCGUUUUCGUUGGGCUUAUACUCAUCCUUUCGGCACAAAGCAUGAUUACGCUUUUGCAAUACUUUGGCAAGGAUACUUGGGCCGUAGCUUUUGGAGCAUUCUUGGAACUAGGAAAACACAUCUUUGGUGUAAAUCUCGGUCGUUUUGUCAUAUGGAAUAAUUCUUAUGGUAUUCUUGUACUGUGGUUGUACAUGGGUCUUUUUUCUACCACAGUGGACUGGUUGAACAAGAAAGUAAUUGGUUUGUUUGGGUAUUCUUUUGUGCUUCCCUGGGUUCUUGGUCUAUUCGUCUAUGAUGUUAUAUUCAUGGUCCAGCCAUCGUUGGCUCGCCCUCCUCGAUCGUUCAAACCCCAUGAUUGGACACUUCAUAUUGGUGGAGCUACUAAUAUAGUGAUGCUCCAUUUUAUUAGUCUAUUAGAUCCUGGUGAGUUUAAUACCCUUCUAGAUAAAUAUUACGGGAAGGGGAUUGUUGCUUGUCUCUUCAUAUCCAGUUUAUUUAUUGCCCUUUUCGGGUCUCUGGUAAAAGCACAAACACUGGCGUCCUUAGCCAGAGACAAACCUGGUCAAAAUGAUCUUCAGGCUCAUUCAGAUACACACGAUACUAAAGAGAGUGCUUUUAAUGAAGAAGCGUUGAGGAAGGGAAAUAUGAAUGGAACAAUCUAA